AUGGCAGACCAGGAGCAUAUUCCCCCAUUUAUGCCAGCGGUCCAUCUUCCCCCCGGACCCUACGACCCAUCAUCUCCUCCUCUAGCCUCCUCCCUGAUCUAUGACCCCAAAUUCCCAACUCCCCAACCAAACCCAUCUCAGUACUUGAUUAAAGUGCUCAGCACCGCUCUGUGCCGUGAUGAGCUCACCUGGCCUGAGGUCAUCUCCAAUUCACGCGCAAUUCAACCCCCUAUCCCAGGUUACGACGUUUGUGGCACUAUUCUCUCAACACCAUCGGACGACGAACACAGCUACGAUGGCCCCAAGUUCAAAGUUGGUGAUGAUGUCUUUGGAUGGCUGAGUGUCCAUAGAGGAGGCGGUGCUGCUGAUUGUGCUUUGGCGGAGGAGAAUGAGCUGGCAUUCAAGCCCAAGAAUGUAACGAGCGUCGAGGCAGCAAGUAUUCCUCUAUCAGCCAUGACUGCAUGGCAGGCCUUUUUCGCCCACGGAAACCUAAAGCAUAUUGCCGACAAAUGUGGACAUCUAGACAGCGAAGUGGUGCGAGACGACUGCAUGGAUGAAAGCAAAACAGACGGAGUCAAGCAACUACAACCUAGAGAGGAGCCCGUUCGAGUGCUGAUAACCAAUGCAUCCGGCGGAGUAGGUGUACAGGCUAUUCAACUCUUACGGUCAAAGACUCUAUUCGGAAGCCAAAAGUUCUGGAUAUGCGGUACAUGUUCAAGCCGCAAUGCUGCGUUUUUAAAGGACACAUUGCAUAUCGACGAAGUUAUCGAUUACACCGUUAACUCAGAUUUGGGCGAGGCAUUCAAAUCAAAAGGUUGGGAGCCUGUCGACUUCGUCUUUGACUGUAUUGGCGGAGAGUUUCUAAAGCAAGUUCAUUCUCCGUCCAUCAUUUGUGAUAACGGCUCGAUAGUCAGUGUUGCACAUCCACUAAAGGAGGAAUGGGGAGAUUUAGGUAUUGAGAAGAGGGGAUUGAACAGCCGGUAUUUUAUCAUCGAGCUAAAUGGGAGGCAGCUUGAGAAGAUUGGUACACUGGUGGAAAAGGGGGAGGUGAGAGGCUUCGUCGACAGGGUUUUUGAUUUGCACGAAGCCAGAGAGGCGAUGGAGCUGGUUGAAUCAAAGCGGGUUCGCGGAAAGGUCGUCUUGAGGGUCAAUUAA